UAUAAUCUGCCUUAUCAACAAAAUUUCGGUUAAAAUUAUAACUUAUAUAUCAGCAAGAAAUUGUCACUUCAGUAAACAUUGGCGAUAUUUAACGCAUGAAAUACGGUCGAUGAUAACAGCGGUUUUAUUUUGAUCUCGCUACUAGAUUUAAUAUUGGAUAUGUCUAGUACGGUCGGAGGUACAUCGCUGCACGCCGGCGACCUAGCGGUUAUAGUGGUGUAUUUCCUGUUUGUGCUAUUCGUUGGAUUAUGGAGUUCCCGAAAGAACAGAGGCAGUGCAGGUGGUUAUUUCCUAGCAGGCCGGAAUAUGAACUGGAUACCGGUCGGGGCCUCACUGUUUGCAAGCAACAUUGGAAGUUUACAUUUCGUUGGAAUGGUGGGAUCUGGAGCAGCCUCUGGAAUAGCCAUCUACCUGUAUGAACUGAAUGCAAUGUAUGUGUUAAUGAUACUGGCCUACAUAUUCUUGCCUGUUUAUAUCGCGUCUGGGGUAUUUACUAUGCCUGAAUACCUGAAGUACAGAUUUGGAGGAAAGCGGAUUCAGAUAUACCUGGCAGUACUGGCUCUUCUUGUCUACAUAUUCACCAAGAUCUCUGCGGAUCUAUAUGCAGGAGCAAUAUUUAUAGAACAGUCUUUGAACUGGAACAUCUACAUGGCCAUCCUGUUGCUUCUGGCUGUUGCUGCUGUCUUCACCAUUGCAGGUGGUUUGACGGCAGUAAUUUGGACUGACUUUAUACAGACAAUUAUCAUGGUGUUCGGGGCGAUAGCUUUGAUGAUAAUAGCCUUUAUCAAAGUAGGCGGGUUUCAAGGAAUGGUUGAAAAAUAUCCUGAAGCCGAGUCAAACUACUCCCUCAACAGCAACAACACGUGUGGAGCGCCUCGAGGAGAUUACAUGCAUCUGUUCCGAGAUCCAGUCAGUGGUGACAUUCCAUGGCCUGGCUUGGUUGGAAUUACCAUCAAUUCAAUAUGGUACUGGUGUUCUGACCAGGUGAUAGUGCAACGAGCUCUCGCCGGUAAAACAUACGACCACGCGAAAGCCGGGACCAUACUAUGCUCCUAUAUAAAAAUUCUGCCCCUAUUCAUGCUGGUUUUUCCAGGCAUGAUCGCCCGUAUCUUGUUCCCAGAGACUGUCGGAUGUUCUGACCCUGAUGUGUGUAUGGAAGUGUGUGGUUCUCCCUCGGGCUGCUAUAACGUUGCCUACCCACAACUCGUGAUCAACUUGAUGCCUCCUGGAGCAAGAGGCUUGAUGUUAGCGGUGAUGUUAUCAGCUCUCAUGUCUUCAUUGACGUCAAUAUUUAACAGCAGUAGCACGAUAUUUGCAAUGGACAUUUGGACACAUAUACGACGGAAAGCCAGUGAACUAGAAUUGAUGAUUGUAGGAAGGGUGUUUGUGAUUGUGCUAGUCGUGAUCAGUAUUAUAUGGAUCCCGGUACUGCGCCACGGCAGUACACAGUUGUACGUGUAUAUACAGGAAGUAUCGAGCUUCCUUCAGCCACCUAUAUGUUGUAUCUUUAUAUUGGCACUGUUCUGGCCAAGACUUAAUGAGAAGGGUGCUUUUUUCGGUCUGGUGAUUGGAAUGAUGGUCGGCAUAGCGAGAUUCAUAGCUGAGUAUACCUAUGGAAAGUUUUCAUGUGGAGACGAAAAGCCGAACCCAACUCCUGCCAUAAUAAAGAACUUCCAUUACCUGUAUUUCUCUGUUUUCCUGUUUGUGCUGACGGGACUUGUGGCGAUAGUCAUAUCUUUAUUGACAAAACCCAUAGACGAACGCUGUUUAUACAGGUUAACAUUCUGGAGCCGGCAUAGCAGAGAGCCCAGGAUGGAUGUAGAUGAGUGGAUAAGAAGUAGUAGAAAAUCUUUCAGUUCUAACAGCGAUAUAUCAUCAAGAUCGUGUGAACAAGAAUUACAGAUGCUCAAAACGGACAAGGAAAAUGAUGACAAAUCAGAGCAACAUAUCACGGAAGAAUCAAAAGAACCUGCAGAAAAGCUCGUUAAACAGAAUGGUAUAGAACUGCAUAUUGUAGACCUUGAUACUCUGAAAACAACAGAGAUACCGGAUAUUCAAUUUAAACACAAAGGAUCUGUAACCUGGUACCGGCGGAUCGGGAACUGGUUAUGUGGCCUGGAGAACAUGGAGCAGAUCAAUCAUAAACAGGUGGAGCGGACGGAUAUGCUGUGUAUUGUGGAGAACAGAAGAUGGAAAAUUUUGUCUAAUAUUGCGGCUGUCGGCAGUAUGGCACUGAUGGUGCUGAUAGCAGUUUACUUUGCGUGAUGAAUAUUUCUUGUAUGGCAUCAUUGGCAACGCGUAUCACAAAACUCAAGUCUUUAGCUUACUUUUUGCUUGGGGCAACCGACUAUUUUUAAUACUUGACAAAACAAGAAAACACAGUGAAACGACGAAAGUCAGUACGAACCUAAAACGUUUUAAAUUACAAUUUACCAAUCAUAGAUACGAAAAUAUAUGUUUACGCCGUACAUAUCAGAUGAGUACAUUCUAGAAGUAUGUUUUAAUAUGGCUUCCGGCUUUUAACAAUCGUGUGAUAAGAAUCACUGCAUGGGUGCUAAUUUUAUUUACUAUUCUAAUAAAUACAUGAACCCCUCUAAGAUGCAAUAUUCUCAUCUUAAAAAAACAGACCAGAAACAUGCCGACGGCGUGUAUAUUUGUCAAGUGCAUUGUUUGAUGAGACGAACCUGAGAACAUUGAAUCGAAUUCAAAUACUGACACAAACUUUGAUAUGCUUCAUACGUAGAUUUUAGUGUGGGCGCGGUUUCCAAAAAGAAUUGUUGCAGAUUUGGUGCAAUUCUACUGUAACUGAGUACCAGGACAUUGUAUUAAAGAAAAAGCGUUCAGGCUAAAAGUGUAUUGUAAGAUGCUAAUUAACAAGUUCAGAGAUGUUUGCCAAUGAAGACAUUUGACAAGAUAAGCUGUGUUAAGGUAAUUCAGUAAAAUUGAAAACGAGCGCCCUUACGAAAUAUUUGCUCUCGUGAUCCGUCGUCGUAUCGGGGUCGUAAGGAAAACAUGUGUAGCAGAUAUAGUUAUAAGGACAAUUAAGGCAGCUGACAAAUUGUGUUUCCAAAGACAGUAUCUCAACAGUUUGUCUCCACUCGCUUUGUCUCCACCAGGCUGCACCAGGCGACAUUGCUGUGUGCUGACUGGAUCGAUUUUAACAAUUUUCUUUUGCUAAAUUUGAGUUUUGCGAUCUCGCCUAAUGACUAUAAAUUAGUAACAAGUUUAGUACAUUUAAUAGACUGUUUAACAAAUUGUAUUUUGGAAUAUUAUUGAAGAAAAUUAGGUAAACAUGCCGUACAAAUUUUGUUUUGAUAUUUGUUUUACAUUUUGUAAUAAUGAAACAUAUUACAUAUAUAUGUCAUUUCUAAAUGAAAAAGAAAUGUGCAAGAAUUGCUUAUAAUUGUUAAAAAAAUUAAGCAUCCAGUUGAAAUAGAUAAACUAUCUGAUCAUAAGGGACAGUGCGUGGUGAAUAUGCACAUACCCUUUUUGUAAUGUAGGUAUGUGUGCACAUGAAAAACACUAUAAUCUGUCAACUCAGCAAAGUAUCAACUUUUACGUUUGUUUGUUCGUUUGUUUGUAUUUUGACUUAUUUAUAACCGCCACCAGUAACCCGCAUGGGCGACUCGAGCGGAGAUUGUUAGUAGUUAUAGGUGGAGGAUAGUGAAAGAUACAGAAGACGGUCCGCUUCCGGAAGCUUCCUUGGUACUUUAGGUGCUAGGUGUAAAGAGUUAAUACCUGGAAAAUCUUUUUAGUUGAAGGAGUGGGGGCUGGAACUCCCGACCCCUUGUUUCGAUGUCAGACAGUGUUACCACUUGACCUCUGUGUCCACUCUUUAAACAGUUUUCUCAUCUUUGAGUUUUUUUUAUGAAUAUCAUACUGUUGAAACGUCCUAAUAAUGCAUAUUUGUGCUACCUCACAUUAACUUGAAAUUGGUGAAGGGCGCUUGAUUGGCAUUCAGUCUGCCGAAGAGAAAAUUAAGUGAAAAGAAUGGUCUGUGAAAAUGCGUUUAGCAUUGUCACUGGCAUUUUAAAAUAUUUUAUAUAGCAAAUUUUGAAUUAUUGAACUUGUAAUUCAUCCUUUCCUAAAAUUGAUUUUUUGUCUCAUGUUAUAAACUGUCUAUUCUUGAUCAUGUAUUAAACUGAUGAUUCCUA